AUGGGAAACAAAAAUCAUACGAACGCCGCAGUGGUCAUUAUCGGUGGUGGUAUCAGCGGGAUGUGCAUGGCCAUCGAUCUGCUAAAGCGCAACAAAUGCCGUAACUUCAUCAUCCUUGAAAAGUCAGCAGGUCUAGGAGGCACUUGCUACUCCUUUGCUCAAAACCCAGACUGGACACGCGAAUACCCUGGUCAAGAAGAGAUACUAGCUUACCUUCAGCGCGUUGCUCAAGAGUACCAGCUGCUGCAACAUUUCCGGUUCAAUACUGAGGUCGUUGACGCAAGUUGGGACAAAGGAGCCCAGAAAUGGAUGGUCCAAGUCAAGACUGCCCCGGGGAGCAAAGAGGCCGAAUACCAUCCUGACUAUGAGAUUAAGACAGAUUUCCUGGUCAGCGCUGUUGGGCAGCUCAAUGUGCCACACUGGCCUGAGAUCCAGGGCAUCGAGAACUUCAAUGGCAAGAAGAUGCACUCAGCAAGGUGGGACUGGUCAUAUGAUGUAGCUGAUAAGAAGAUUGCGCUUGUGGGAAAUGAAAUCGCCAAAGUGGCCAAGCAUGUCACUGUUUUCCAGAGGACCCCAAAUUGGGUUGUUCCACGACUCGACGCGCCCGUUAGCGCAACCUGGCGCAACAUCUAUCGCUACGUACCCGGCGUGAUGGCCAGGAAACGAGCUGCGAUCAUGGACUUCAGGGAGUCGACGUAUGGAUUCAUUGAGAGCGCAGAUUCAGAUAUGUCCAAAUUGUACACGAGCAGGUCCAAGGAGAUGCUGCACACUCAGCUGCCAGACCGGCCAGAUCUACAAGAGAAGUUAAUCCCAAAGUAUCAGCUUGGCUGCAAGCGAAUCAUCAUCAGUGACGACUAUUUCCCAGCUCUGGGCCAGGAUAAUGUCACGCUAGAAACGCGACCUAUCAAGAGCAUAGACGGCAGCUCAGUCAAGGUUGCUGGUGACAAUGAUGAGGUAGUCUCAGCACGAGAUGAUUACGACCUGCUGGUCUGUGCAACUGGAUUCAAAACCGUGGACUUCAUGCACCCCAUCCAGCUCUUUGGUAAGAACGGUCAUCAUAUCGGAGAUGUUUGGAAGGAUGGAGCGAAGGCGUUCUACGGCAUCACAGUGGAGGACAUGCCUAACUUUGGCAUGCUCUACGGUCCGAACACCAAUCUUGGCCACAACAGCAUUAUCCUGAUGAUCGAAGCUCAAUCACGCUACAUCAACGGUUUGAUAACCCCUGUGCUCGAGGCACGGAAGAAGGGCAAAGCGUUGAGCCUGACGCCAAAGAAGGAGCGGUUGGAAGAGUACAAUGCCCAGCUUCAGAAGGAGUUGCGGAACAGCACGUUUAAUGAUCCGAAUUGCCAGUCAUGGUACAAAAACGAGAAGGGCAUCAUCACCAACAAUUGGUCUAAGACCGUGGUGGAGUACCAGAAGAUGGUUCAAGACGUCAACUUCGAAGAUUAUGUCGUAGAUGGAAGUGGCAUAGACGAGGCGGAAAGAAGAAAGACCAUACAUGUGGGAAGAGUGAAAGAAGAAUCGACUGAAGGCAAGAAAAUGGUCAUCGUGUUUCCUGGUGCACUACAAAUGCCGUUGAUGUUGGGGCGAUCUGGCAUUGGUAACCCUGACAUCUUGAAGAAGGCUGGAAUCGAACUUGUCUCCGAUCUUCCUGCGGUUGGUGAAAACUAUCGAGAACACCACCUCGUCAUACGCGCGUACUAA